CCGGGCAGCUUGGCAACAGCGUAAAUGAACCGUGGAAGAGGAGCGGCAUCCUUGCUCAGCCUUAGAACCUCCUCGAAUCACUACGUGGUAAGUGCCAGUGAUGGGUUCGGCUGGCAAGAUGUCACACACGGUUGCUUUCAGUCUCUUGGUGAGUUUGACGGCAGUCGUUUCUGGACGUAGUCCUCGCACCGCUGACCAAGUGUCGGAGGCGGACAUCCAGCGCCUUUUGCACGGUGUUAUGGAACAGCUGGGAAUCGCGCGUCCCAGGGUAGAGUACCCGGCUCAUCAGGCUACCAAUAUAGCGGGCCCCCUCAGUAUCCAGGGUGGUGCUCACGAGGGGCUGCAGCAUCUUGGACCAUAUGGAAACAUCCCCAACAUUGUCGCAGAAUUGACUGGGGACAAUGUACCAAAAGACUUCAGCGAUGACCAUGGCUAUCCCGACCCUCCUAACCCAUGCCCCCUAGGGAAAACGGCUGCUGAUGGGUGCUUGGAGAAUUCACCAGACACAGCAGAGUUCAGUCGAGAGUUCCAGAAACACCAGCACCUCUUUGACCCAGAGCAUGACUACCCUUCAAUGGCCAAGUGGAAUAAGGAACUGCUUUAUCAGAAACUAAAGGGGCGUCCAAAAAGAAGAAAAAGGAGUACCAACCCGUAUUUAAUGGGACAAAGAUUGGACAAUGUAGUGGCCAAGAAAUCUGUGCCACAUUUCCCAGAGGAGGAUGAAAUGGAAACCACUGCAAGCAGCAUGAAGCCCUGAACUUUAUACAGUAUUGACAACUGUGUAACUGUGGAACAUAGUGUCACAUCCGAAUGUGAAACAGUAAACCUAGAUCAUAUGGUGCAAAUGAAGAUGGUGAUCUCGUAAAAUUUAUUUUUCCUUGACACGGUUUUUGUGUUCAAAAGAAUGUUAAGUAAAAUAAACAUGUUCAUGUGCA